AUGCUGCAGCGCAACGAGCGCCUGGGCGACAAGCCCCCGCCGCCGCCCAUCGCGCCGGCCCAGCAGCCCAAAGAACUCCAGGAGAACGUGGAUUCCAACAAGACCCCCGACACCCGCGAGGAGGUUGUGGCCGGGUCCCCUCCCUCGCAGCAGGACGAGGCCAGCCAGGAGUCCUCCGACCCCGGCAAGGGGGAGGCGCCUGGCACGCUGCUGCUCUGCUUCAAGUGCGGCAAGGGCUUCGUGUCCGCCACGAGUCUCCGAACGCACCUGGCCACCGAGUACCCCUGCAACCAAGGACUCACCAUCUCGCUGCCCCAGGGGGAGGGCAAAAUGGAGUCCAAGACGUGCUUCAAGUGCGGCAAGACCUUCGCGAGCUGGCAGGGGCUAAGGGGCCACCUCAACCGGAUCAAGCCCUGCGACCAGGAGAAAUCGGCACCCACGACGAUUCGGCGACGCCCUGCUGCGUCCAGGACGUGCACCAAGUGCGGCAAGACGUUCUCGAGUGCACAGAGCCUGAGGAUCCAUAUGAACAGAGUCAAGCCGUGCGACCAAGACAAACUCAGCGUGUCGACCCCGACGACGCCACCGGCCAGUACGCCACCGAGUACACCGCUCAUGAUUAACGAGGAGGAGCUCAAAAAGGAAGCGGAAAGAAAGGCGAGGGCGAGGUACCAGGCGCGUAAAGCCUAUCUGAAGAAACGUGGACGACUUGGUGAACUGGGCGAUCCCCCCACCCUGUUUUACAUAUCGAGAAGAAACGGACACGGAGCGGGGAAUGAAAAUGGUUCGAAACCUGAUCUGAAGAGAACUGCCCCGGAGGAAUCCUCACAAGAGAGUGACAAGGUGGAGGGCUCAAGUGAUGAAAACAAACGGCCACGUGUGGAGGAGACAGAGUCCCAGGAGAAUGUUUCCACCGACUCACCUUCUGACGUAUCUGGAUUGAUUCAGCCCAAUAUCUCCACUCCUUCACAGUCAGAGCCCGGAAAGACAACCCAGCCUGGUACGGCACCCCCUAGUGAUGGAAGUUUCGUGCAUCGUUCAAGCAAAGGGCACGGUGGUGAUCUCCUUGCGGGAGGAUGCAGUUGCCCCCCGUGUGUUCGAAGGUGGGCAAGGAAGCUAAUGAACCGCAUGCAGCAGCUUGAGGACGAAGUGCUGACGUUGCGUCAAAGAAAAGCUGUCGGGGCAGCUCAAUCCUUACAAAAUGGUGGUCGUGCCGAGCAAUCGCAGCAGCACGCAAACCCGGCUGCAUCUUUCCUGUUGGGACUGGGCUCUGACAAGAGAAGUCUCGUGGAUGCCUACAGCCACAUGAACGACCAGAUCUUGCUGAACGAAAGAACGGUCGAAGACUCCACCGGACACGUCCAGAUCCUAAUGAGUAUUGAUCAAGGCGCUGCGAUGGAUUUCCGUAAGCAGAUCGCUGAGCUUCGCAUGUCUAUUAGUGCUGAGAAGAGCAAACGUGACAUCACGGUUGCGACUCUGAUUGCCCACGAAUGGAAGCCUCGAGUCGACGAGUUCAAAGAGCUGCUGGAACGCUCCGAAGCGCAAGAUUCACCUACUGAAGAGCAAUCGCUUCACGCCAAAUGGUCCGACAUCGCGAAUCAAGUGUCCUUGAAAGACAAAGCUAUCUCUGACUUGGAGAAGCGAGUGGACUCUCUCGGAGAAUCUGGCGGAAGCAGUCGCUCCCGAUACGCGGAGAUGGGCGAGCUGUCCAGCAAAAUGGCGGCCGAGUACGCUGCCAAGAUGUCCCUCGAGAGUGAGCGUGAAAGCGUAUAUCUUGGUCUCGUGAAUUCCAGCACUCGCAUUCGCGCACUAGUGAGGAAGGCGUUGGUGUGA